AAUACAUAUUAUAUACAUAUAAUAACAAGUGUCUUAAUAUUUAUAAUCGUCUUCUAUGGAAAUGGAGGCAGACGUUGCGGAUGCCAAAGGAUUUUAUGGCGUAUAUUUGUUGUGCAGUGAAAGUACAGGAAGAUGCUAUAUCGGAUUUACUGUAAAUCCAAAUCGUCGUAUUAAGCAGCAUAAUCGCGGACUAGAAUUUGGCGGUGCUAAAAAAACCAACAAUAAAGGCCCUUGGAAAAUGAUUUUAUUAAUACACGGUUUUCCCAAUAAUAUUGCAGCUUUACAAUUUGAGUGGGCUUGGCAACAACCAACACUUUCAUCGCGUUUAAAGGAAUUCCAUGAACUCAAACGUAAACAGACAAAAGAAAAUUUUAUACAAUAUAACUUGCGUAUACUAAAUCGUAUGUUAUUAGUUGGACCAUGGAUGAGGCUACCAUUAACAAUACGUUGGUUAGAACCAACUUUUGCCCAAGAUUUCCCAGAAGCAACACAACCACCAUCUCAUAUGAAAAUAGUAUAUGGUAAAAUUUCUCUUAAAAAUACGAAGAGAAACAAAAAUGAUCAACCAGCCGCUAUAUGGUCAUCUGAAUGUCAUCUAUGUAUGGAAUAUAUAACAAACCCUAAGUCGUCCCGCAUUGGCUGCUCGAAUAGUUUAUGUAAGCUCACAUGCCAUAUUAUUUGUUUGGCAAACUAUAUUUUAGAUAAAAAUAAUCAGGGCCAUUAUAUACCAAUUGUUGGUGUAUGUCCGUUAUGUGAGACAAUUUUCACAUGGGCUAUGCUUUUACAACGCAAACGAAAUUUGGAACGAAAUAGCAUAGAGGAUGGGAAUGAAGAUAGCUUUACUGAAGGCUGUGACGAGCAUGAUACUGAUUCUGCAACUGCAGAUAUUUAUGAAAUUAGUGACUAAUUUGAUACUACAAUUAAUAAUUUAAUACCAUUAACAAGGAUUAUAAAAAAUUAAAUAUUGUAGACGUCGUACUAUCAUAUUUUAUAUAAAAUCACCCAAUUUUGGGAA